GCAGCACGCUCAUGAUUUCACGACAAACAGGACUUGGUGACGACGUGGGGAGGCUUGGGAAAAUAAGGGACAUUUUGUUGCCUGUCAAAAUGGUUUUAGAACUGGAAGAUCAACAAUGGAAUCUGUUGUCCUUUUAGAUCAUGAUAUUAAAAAAGCGUUUCAAAACAGAGAAGUAAUGACUAAAACUGCGAAUAUUUGUCGAUCUACAUUGCAACGUGCCUUGGAAGAAUUAUGCGGAGUAGCGUGGAGAUUUCCCGGGAGUUUGAUCAACUCGUGUGAUCAGAACUUGAAUCGAUGUUGUGAACUUAUUGAACUGACCUCAAAGGUGCAAAGUGAACUGUUCACCAUCCUCAGCCUUGCAGCAAGUGAAGGUGGUAUUUAUUCCGGCAUUGAUACCAUCAAAUCACGCUUUUUGCCAUGGCUUGGGUCUAACUUUACAGUCAUUACUUCAGGGGUGACCUCUGACACCAGCCUUUCUCUCAUGCAGGAAUCUGCUGAAAAAGAUCGGAAACUGAGGGAGCUGGCAACAGCCCAUGAUCAGGAAAUGCUCGACCUAGAGACUGAAUUAAAUACCACACGUCGCCAACUGGGGGCUGUCAAGCAGGAGUUAGCAGAAGCUCAUCUGGAACUGGACAGUACUCAGAACAAAUCAGCUGUCACAUUCCAAAUGACGGAGGAUGAAAUAAGUAGAUUGAAAGCUGAACUGAGUGCAGUUCGAGAGCAGGUGAGAUAUUAUAAACAAAAGGUGGACAUCCUGGGUGAUUAUGACCACAAGAUCAGACAACUAAAGGAUGAAGUCUCCUUCCUCUCGGCAGAGAAAUCCAUACUACAGGAAAGGAUCCCAGGACGGCGUUCUCCAAUCUCUUUUCCAUCUGUGACCCGUUCCUCUCCAACUUAUGGUAAACUGACUAAUGCCUCGCGCCAAAUACGGCUGAUAUCACACUUCAAUGACAUUUAUGCCAAUGAGCGUCUGAAUGCACAAAAUCUCCUGAGGCGUUACGUUGAUGAUCUAGAGAUGGUACAGCGAAUAAUAUUCAUUGCAACCGCAGAGGCUUUUCAAGCAGCAAAAACGGCGUUCCGACAAUUCAAACUGCGGGUACGGAAAACAUUGUCGCCAUCGCACCUUGGCCCAGAGUCGCUGGAUGACAAUGUGAUGGAUUACAUCAUUCGCAAUCAGGAUCUCUACGAUGUCCAGUCCAGCAUUGAUGAUGUGAUCCGUAGCAUUAGUGUCCAUCCAAAGAUCUCCAUGCCGCCCGAAGUUGACUUUAUAUUGAUCAGCAGUUUUAUCCGUGAAAUUUGCCGUGUAGCCUUUGCCAUGCAGACACUGGAGCCCCCACUUGACAUAGCCUUCACGGCGGAUGGUGAACUCUUCAAUGAGAAUAAGUAUCGCCGCAGCUAUGACUCUGAUUUCACUGCACCCCUGGUGGUUUACCACAUCUGGCCAGCUCUGGUAGAAAACGACACUGUCGUUGCUAAGGGAGAAGCAUUCACAAAGAGGGGAGCUCUGUGGGCACCCAGUAAAAGCCGAAGUAAGAGCUCCAGUCCUGUUCAUUCUCGUUCCACCAGUCCAGCCCGUGGCCUGUCAUCCCGGAGCCGAAGCCCUUCCCCCAUCAGGCGAAGCAUUAGUCCCAAAAGAAGAUGCUGUGCUUCAACAGGGCACUGAAGUACCAAAGUUGAAGAAUUAACUGUUUGAUAGACUUCUGGAUACUUCCCAAGUAAUGCAAAAAGCAGUUUAAUUGAUAGAAGCAAAUAUCUGUGAUAAUCCAUAUUUUCUCACCUUGGGGAAACAACUAUCAUUGUUUGAUUUUUGUGUGUAUUAAUUGUUGCAAUUUUUAAAAUGUAUCCCUUGUAUCUUAAUUAUUUGUCAAGCCUCAAGUCAGCAUUCAAAACUCCUUUAAAUGGCUAGAGCAAGUUAAUAAAGGAGCUAAGAAUGUGCAUGGGAUAUUUGACAUUAUAGAUGGGAGUAAUGAACAGAAAAGCAAUGAGUUCAUGCUCUGACUCUGGUUAGGUCUCAGCCAGACUACCAGACUUCAAGAAGAAUGUUAAGAAUCUGGUGACGAUGCAAAGGAGUUUUACCAAUUGAUACCAGGGGUGGAAUGAUAAGUAUAGCAAUUGUUCUUUUUACAGCAAACAGAUACACUCACAAAAAAAUGAAGGUUUUUGCUAACGGGGAGAAAUGGGUUUCCACAUCACUGGUUGAUAAAGCAGAGGUCAUAAAUUUUAAAAUAAUUGGCAAAAAGACCGGAAGGGAAGUAAUGAUUAUUUCUACACAAAGAUUUACUGUGAUCUGGAAUUCGUCAGAUUUGCCUCCUGCUUCCACCCUGACUGGCCCUAUCUCCUCCCACAUCACUCUGCCUUCUGCAGGAAUCACUCCCUCUGUGAUUCCAUUGACCGUUUGUCACCACCCACUAAUCUCUCUCCUGGUACAUCCCUGCAAGUGGUAGAAGUGCUACACCUGCCUAUUCACCACCUCCCUCACCUCUAUUCAGGGCCGCAAACAGUCCUUCCAGGUGAGGCAACACUUUACCUGCAAAUCUUUUGUGGUUGUCUACGUAUCCAGUGUUCCCAAUGCAGCCUCCUUUACAUUGGUGAGAUCCGACGUAGAUUAUAGGACCACUUUAUCGAGCAUGCCCACUCCAUCCGCAAAAAGCAGACUUUCCUGGUGGCCAACCAUGUUAAUUCCUAUCUCCAUUCCCAUUCCAACAUGUCAGUCUGUAGCCUGCUCUUCUGCCAGAAUAAGGCCACUGUCAGGCUGAAGGUCAAUACCUCAUUAUGUCCAGGUUUUACCUCCAAGAUGAUGGCAUGAACAGCCCAGUAAUUUUUCCCCUCACCCUUCCCUUUUCAUUUCCCACUGCCCUCUUGCCUGCCUCCUCUUCUUACCUGCCUAUCACCUCCCCCUGGUGCCCCUUCUCUUUUCCUUUCUGUCAUGAUGCAUUCUCCUAUCCUAUUGGAUUCCUUCUUCCUGCCCUUUGCCUUUUCCACUUAUUAGCUCCCAUCUUCUUGCUUCAUCCCCCUCCCCCAUCCACCUGCCUUCACAUAUCACCUAGCUUUUCCUCCUCUUUCUUCCCCCCCGCCCCACCUUAUUCUGGCAUCUUCCCCCUUCUUUUCCUGUCCUGAUCAAGGGUUACAGCCUGAAAUGUUGACUGUUUAUUCAUUUCCAUAGAUGCUGCCUGACCUGCUGAGUUCCUCCAGCAUUUUGUGUGUGUUGCUCUGGAAUUUUUAAAUCUGCUGACAUGGUGGAAUUAAAUUCCAUUGUAAUGUUCAAAGGAAAUUGAUUCUUUGCAAGCGCAUAUUCAGUUUUCAGGGUAAUGGGAUAAAACUGAAGCACGAGAAUAAAGUAUAUAUUUCAUUCAGAGUAGUCUCUCUGAAACAGACUAAAAAGCUCCUUCCUGUACUAUAAGCUUGUAUGAUUAUAAAAAUCAUUUAUGACCAAAACUACUAUGAACUCUUUCUGCAGUUGCUGUAAUCACAGUACAUUGAUAAAAAUUGAAAGAAUUUAUCUGAAUGAUUGAAGCAAAACACAAGCCUGACUCUAGGGAUAAUGUUCUUUCAAAGUCUUUAAUUUGUUGUUUUAUUUAUCUCAAUCCUUGUAAAUUGAUACUGUAAAUCCAAUGCUGGAAAUAUUCAGCUGGUCAGGCAACAUCUGUGAAGAGAUGACGGCACUGUAAAGUUAACAUUUCAAACCGACGAUGACUUGUCAGCAUUCCGUAAAUUGUUGCCCUGAAACCUUAACCCUCAAUUUUCUUCUCCAUAGUUGAUGGUCCCCUUUUGGAGUUUCUGUCACCAUUAAACAAACCCUUGCUGCACUGCUGAAAUCUGGGAGUUUAGUACCUGGAUAUGGUGCUGAAUGUAACUCAUGGGUAAAAAAUAGUUUCAUUUGACCGUAAUCUGAUUUGUUUUAAAUUGAUCAGCAUUAUUUUUGAUUGAUUUUUAACUGCACAUCUUGUUUGCUAAUUUGUUUUCCAUAAUAUCUUCUCUAUCAAGUAUAUUAUACUAUUAGGACAAUUUUUUCCUCAAUGUAAAGGGAGAAGUAAUAAACCUUCCCUUUUAAAAUUAUCAUUAGUCCAUCGUAAUUGGAAAAUGCUUCUCAUCCUUGCGUAAUCUGGGUAUGUGAUUGCAAUGUAUAUCAAUAGAAUUCAUCAGAUGAUUCUGAUAUGAAAUUGGCCAAUGAAUUGGAAUAAAAAGCACAGUUACUACAGCUAUUCUACAGCCACAUUAACUAUUUUCUUAAUAUCUUUUUUUCAUAACAUCCUGCCCAUCCUGCAAUGAUUUCAAUUUUUUCCUGCAGGUUACAUAUUCAAUUUUCUGUCAUUAUUUCAUGAGUAUUUUGCCCAGAUUUUAUUAGUUUUCUUUUAUUUGGUAUUUUUCUAGUUCUGUAUACGUUCAGUAGAAGCUUCACCACACAGAGAAAAACAAUAAUAACCUAGAGUUGUGGUGCCAAGUGGCACAGAAACAGGUCCUUCGGCCCAUUAUGUCCAUUCUAAUCUUUUUGUCCAUCGUUGCUAAGUCCAUGCUGCAUGUAAUGUAUGCAUUAUUUCAGAAAACUGUCACUGUGUAGACAUCAGGAUUGUUGACACGUCGAAACUCCGCUGUGAUUAAAGUGUGUAUCAGAGA